UGAAGUUCUUAAUUGGCAUUAAACAAAAACAUCCAAACCUUCCUCACGAGAAAUCUACAUUCAUCAAUAGAAUGGCUUGCGACGACCAGUGCUUGAGUGGGGUGAUUCAUCAGGGUGAAGCUCUCGGAAAAUUCGAGACGCUUAACGACGUGAAAGUUUACAGCUUCACACCCUCUGACGCUCACCCUCACAAGGCGAUUUUGGUACUACCUGACGUGUUUGGAGUGGAGCUCAAGAAUGUUCAAAUGAUCACUGAUCAACUCGCGAAAAAGGUUGGCGUAUCGGCAUAUUUGAUCGACUAUCUGAACGGUGAUCCUAUUCCAGAAGAUGGAAUGAAUGGAGGGACGAACUUUUCAGUCCCAGAUUGGUUUAAAAAACACGGCCCAGAACAAACAAGACCCCCUCUGGAUAAAGCCAUCGAGGCUCUCAAGGCCAAAGGAUUCACGGACUUUGCAGCCGUUGGAUACUGCUUUGGUGGUAAAUAUGUCUUCAACCUUGCUCAAGAGAAUGGGUUGAAGGUCGGAGCUACCAGUCAUCCUAGUCUUCUAGAAAAUCCCAAAGACAUUGAGAAACUGUUGAAAUCCAGUCAUGCUCCAAUCUUGAUUAACUCUUGUGAAACUGAUGGGCAGUUCCCGAUCGAAUUCCAAAGGGUGACUGACGAAAUCUUGGGAGAUGGCAAGUACAAACCUGGGUACAAGCGAAACUAUUACCCCGGCGCGUCACAUGGAUUCGGUUGUCGGGCAGAUCUGGACAACCCAUCAGAAAAGAAGGCAUUCAACGAAUCAACAGAUGAGAUUAUCAGUUGGUUCAAGACUCAUCUGAUGACCUCCACAAAAUAAGUCCAAUUCAGGGUUGCGUACCCCAGAUGUGAUCUUCACUCAUCAUAACCACUGUAAUUAUGACAGCCACUCACCCUAUUUUGAGAGGUGUGCCAAUAAGAAUACCACAUUUGAUGGUUUCUGC